CUGUAUCGCGGUCGUGACUAAAUUUUCCGCUUGUGCUAUCAUCAGUCAGUUGCUUAUUUGUUGCAAAGCAAGCAAAAAAAGGAAGAAAAUCUCGUCGACAAAAACUGAUUUUUUUUACUUCUGUGUCGCCGCAACAACUACUUAAACAGCUUAUAAAUUUUGUUUAUUUUUCCAACACAAAAGGAAAAGCUUGCAAAUAAAUUUGCAACAUUGCUUGUUGCAAUCGAGGCAGCGAUAAAAAAAUCAAUAUCGCAUCGCUUUUUUAAACGACUGUCGAUUAUAUUGUCGUGGUUGCAGCUCCCGUCGUCGUCGUUGGUGUUGCUGAUACAUGUCUAUCACUUUACGUGCCGCAUAGAGAGUGAGCGUAAAAAAACAAACGUGAUUGUUAGAGAAUUGUUGCUUGCUGCUGCUGCUAAUACGAGUGAGAGAAAACGUUUGCCAACAAAAUGAAAUUUAUUUUUUCCAUCAGUUUUUUCACACUUGUUUGUCUUCUGCACUUGGCGGUCGUUGUUACGGGAGAUCCAAUUAGGGAUGAAAAUUCAACCGUUCCAUCGUCAUCCGGCAAUGCAAAAGAGGCCGUCGUCGUCGAGGAUUGCGAUGCUCUUCAUUGCGCCGAUGAAAAAAAGGAAAAUUUAAUUUGUGCCGCAUCAGAAACCGGAUCUAUCGCGUCAUUUCACUCGGAAUGCGGCGUCAAUUUAAUUAACUGCUAUCAGCGCGUGUAUAAUGCGCCCAAAUAUCACAUAAUAUCGCGGAAAGCGUGUGCCCACAAGGAUGUUUUGUACAUGCGAGGCAAGUGUGACAAGUUAAAAUGUGACAACGGGGACCAGGAGAAGGCAGUUUGUGCGACAAAUGGCACGGGAACGGGACUUUUCAAGUCAGCGUGUCACAUUGAAAUUCUCAAUUGCUACCAGAAAAUUUAUGCACGACCACAAUAUCGCAUUGUGGCAUCGAAAAAUUGCGCCAACAUUCAAGGAUGGCAAUAAAUAAAAAAAUGUGUGGAUUCACAUGAGGAAAUUGAAACACAAUUGUUCAUUGUUGUUCACGUGUAUGGCAAUUUAUCAUCUAUCAACAUUUAUAAGGAAUCAAUUUAGAAAAGUAGAGUUUUUGUGCAUUUUGCAUCCAAUUUGCGAAACUAUUUGGAACGACUUUUAUCUA